AUGAAGACGAGCAUGUUGACAACAACGACAACGCUGAUGAUUGCUGCUGUUGCUGCUAAUGCUAAUGAUGAUAAUGACAACGAUGAUAAUGACAACGACGAUAAUGACAACGACGAUAAUGACAACGACGAUAAUGACAACGAUGAUAAUGACAACGACGAUAAUGACAAUGAUGAUAAUGACAACGACGAUAAUGACAACGAUGAUAAUGACAACGACGAUAAUGACAACGACGAUAAUGACAACGAUGAUAAUAAUAACAACGACGAUAAUGACAACGACGAUAAUGACAACGAUAAUGACAACGACGAUAAUGAUUCUGAUGACAACGAUGAUGAUGCGACUUCCUUUGCUGAUGAUCACUGUACAAUCUCUACAGUACAAUCACCACUGUACAUUUUCAAUUGUACAAUCCCUUUAAACAGAUGUGAUUUAUGA